UUCAGAAUGAAGAAAAAAUUAAUCAGCAGAAAAUUUACUGGCAGAACCAACUUAAUAAUUUGCUAGAUAGACAAAACCAAGUCAUUAACGACCCCUCUCAAAUUAAAAUUUUCCAACAAUCAUUAAAUCCCAAACAAUUUACGAAUGACGAAGACGGCGUUAUUCAAAAAGAAAUUUGGAGCAACCAGAAAAACCAGUCAUUAAUCGAAAACGCUUGUCAAGAACUGCAAAAAUAUUAUGAUGCUUUUCAAGAAUUAGACCAAAUUCUUACCAGCGAAGGUAAUGAUUAUGAAGAAUUAGAGGAUAUUAAGGGAAAAUUAAAGGAGUGGUUAGACAGCCCGUUUAUCACUAGAAAAAAUGCGGUAGCGAGUCGGAAUUCUCGUCUGGUUGACAAGAUUGCUGACAUAGAGAAGAAAAUAGAAUUUUUGCAACGAACCGCAGUGGAACCAACUAACCAAAGUUUUGCCAAAAAGUUAAAUAAUUUAGGGAUAAAGGCAAAAAAAAUCCGUCGGGGUGGUCCUAAACAAUCUAAACAAACUGUAAAAAUAAGAAAGAAAUUAAACAAACCGAACAACCACAAGGGAGAAAAAAAAUUAACUCCGAGUAUUAAAGUAGUUAGAGUGGCUGAACCAAAAAUCAUAAUAAAAGAAAAAGAACCGGACUGA